UAUUUGUUAUUGAAGAUGGAAAGCUACAAGUGUAGAUUUUGCUUAAAGAGCUUCGUCAAUGGAAGAGCUUUAGGUGGUCAUAUGAGAUCUCACAUGCCGAGUCUUCAUAAAUUUAGCAUUGAAGAAGAAGAAGAAAAAGAGGAAGAUGAAAGGCCGAGUCAACUCAGCUAUGAGACUGAGUCGGAUGUUUCUUCGUCUUCAGCUGAAGAAGAAGAAGAAGAAGAGGGGAAGAUAAAUGAUGAUUCUAAGUUUGCUUUUACCGGCUCUGUUCUGCUCGAAGACGGUGAAAGCGAGGCUGAGUCGUCGAGGAAUAAUCUUAACCUGACACGGAAACGAUCCAAGCGAACUCGGAAACUCGAUUCGUUCGCUACGAAGAAGGUGAAAACGAGUCAACUCGGUUACAAGGCCGAGCCUGGGCCCGAGUCCGAGCCUCCUCACAGCUCGGCUUCUGAUACAACAACGGAGGAAGAUCUCGCCUUUUGUCUCAUGAUGCUCUCGAGAGACAAAUGGAAGAAAAACAAAACUAGUAAAGAACUAGUGCUGGAAGAGAUCGACACAGAAGAAUCAGAAGGUUACAACAAAUCGAGCAAGAUUAAUCGAACAACGACGAAAGGGAGAUACACGUGCGAGACUUGUGGGAAAGUGUUUAAAUCUUAUCAAGCAUUGGGUGGGCAUAGAGCAAGCCACAAGAAGAACAGAGUUUCCAACAAAACAGAGCAGCGAAGCGAAACAGAGUACAAUAAUGUUGUUAUUGCUGUUACUGCAGAGAAGAGAAUCCAUGAAUGUCCGAUUUGUCUAAGAGUUUUCGCAUCUGGACAAGCACUUGGAGGUCACAAGAGAUCUCACGGAAUCGGGAAUUUGUCUGUAAAUUAUCAUCAUCAUCAAGGUCAUCGAAUCGAGUCUGUGAAACAGAGAUUGAUAGAUCUCAAUCUUCCUGCACCAACCGAGGAAGACGAAGUCUCUGUGGUGUUUCAAUGAAUGCUGAAAAAAGGUAACAGACUUUGCGUGAUUCGGGUCGUCCAAAUUUUCGUAAAGUUUGAAUCUUUUUUUUUACUAUUAUAAUUUUUUUUUUUGGGGGUCGAAGUCGAACUAGAAAAAUAUAAUAA